AUGCCUCCUUCGUGCAACCGUCAACGAGAUUAUGGGUAUUGCCAUGAGUCCACAUCUUCUGAAAAUUAUCCGUCUACCAGUCGUUCAGAUGCGAGGUCUUCCAUGUUCCCUGUCCACCCACGAUUGGACCCACACCACAACACAACCUUUCCAUCAUCUCGAAAGGACCCACGGGUGAAGUCACCAGAAAAACGAAUGAGUCGAUGGCGUGCUACCUGUUCAAUCAAAGUUCAAGAGCGUCUUGCCCGAGUCAUGGUCCAAAGGUUCUUCAUGGUUGACCGCACUCGUGUGGGUACUGACUUACAUGAAGAAUUUCAAGUUCUCGGCUCGACAGGAAAUAUCUACACAGUGGUUGUUAAUCAAAUGCCUAGUUGUACUUGUCCGGAUUGGCUCAAGGGAAAUAUUUGCAAACAUCUCCUAUUCGUCUUUAUCAAAGUACUUGGAGUUCCAAUCUCAUCGCAACUGUACUAUCAGCCGGCGCUAUUGACGAACGAGCUCGAGGAUAUAUUCUCUGCAGCUCCAGAAGCUCCCAAUGACCCAACAUCUCAACAUUUGAGAUCAGUCUAUGCUGCUGCGACAGGUAAAGCACCGGUGGAUGCUGCUCUAGAAGUUCCAUCACGCAGAAAGCCUAUUGAAGAAGGAGAUGAUUGUCCGAUUUGUUACGAGGAACUUCCUUGCGACUCGACCAAAGACAUAGUUUUCUGUGAGGAUGGUUGUGGGAAAGGUUUGCACGCAGAGUGUCACCAACAGUACGCCAAUAAUCUAAAGGGACAACGUAAGCCGGUGAUUUGCGUCUACUGUCGAGCAGAUUGGAAGGCGCCAGAGUCCAAUGCUGUUGCAGGUACCAAAAUCACAGAGGAUGGCUACCUCAAUAUGGCAGCUGCAGCAGGAAUUCCUGAAGCGGCUCCUUAUGUCUCUCCCUCCGAUUAUUAUUGGAUGUAUCCUGAAUUGGGAUUAGAUCCUCCUCGCCGUGGACGGUCUUAUUACCAUUGAUGAUGACUUGAUCAUUAUGACUUUGAUUUUUUGUGUGACUUUCUUGAAUAGAUGUAUUUUGUGGUCAUGUACAACCUUAUCAGCUAGCUUUAUGCUCUUUGAUUGGGUGGUGAAUGAUGUUUGUUUGAUUUUACCCUUUUGUUGAAAAGCGGAUAAGUGUACUCCGCUUCUCAUGUGGAAUUGUGGACUGUUUGCUAAUUCUUCCUAAUGAGAAAGCCAUCCUUGCCUGC